AUGAGAAUAAUAUAAUUCCUUACAUAAUGACGACGCUCAAUAAUCCUGACCUAGCUGUGAGAGUUGCUACAAGAUGUAAUUUACCGGGCGCUGAAGAAUUGUAUGUUAAAAAGUUUAUGGAACUAUACGCAGCUGGACAGUAUAAUGAAGCGGCUAAAGUUGCUGCUAACGGACCGAGAGGUGUUCUUCGUACACAACAAACUAUUGAGCGGUUCAAAUCAGUUCCUAUACAGCCUGGCACAUUAUCGCCGAUCUUACAAUAUUUUGGUAUCAUUUUGGAAAAAGGAGAGCUCAACAAGUAUGAAUCACUUGAACUUGCGCGACCUGUUUUGGCGCAAGGCCGCAAGCAAUUACUUGAAAAAUGGCUGAAAGAAGAUAAAUUAGAAUGUAGCGAGGAACUUGGAGAUAUUGUUCGUCAAUACGAUCUUACCUUAGCUUUAUCAGUAUAUCUUCGUGCUAAUGUCCCGAACAAGGUCAUUGCAUGUUUUGCUGAGACUGGUCAAUACUCGAAGAUCGUCCUCUACGCGAAAAAAGUCGG